GGACAAUCCAACUAUGGGCAAUUCCAGCAGCGUGGAGGAUGGGUCGGGGCUUGCGUCCCCAAACAUCCUCUCCAAGGUCACGGUGAAGGGCAGUAAGGCGGGCAUGGACGCCUUCUUGACCGAAGGCCGUGUCAACAACGUGCAGAUCGCGUACGUGACCAAGAAGCAGCACGAGCGGUUUAACCCCCGGAACAUAAACCGAAGAGUGGAGCUGACGCACGCCGCGCUGAAGAGCGUGAAGCGGAAUUGGGCCAUGAUUUCGGAGGGCCCAGAGACUCAGGGCUCAUUCAAAGGGGCGUCGACUUCGCUAGUGGCGCUGUACGACACUUUUUUCGCGAGAAUCUUCCUGCUGGAGCCGUCGAUGCGAUCCAUGUUCGGAGAUAAUAUGAUCCGACAGUCGAAGUUCCUGGGGGGGUUGGUGAACAUCAUUGUAAAAAUGGAGGACAUGCUGAAGCAGGGGCUGUCGCCUUUGUACUCUUUCGCCGACCGGAGCGUGGCCAUGGGGGCGAGGCCCGAGCACUACGAGGUCAUCGCGGAAGUGUUGCCUAUCGCUCUCGAGGCGUGUGCGGGAGAAGGGGUCUGGACCCCAGAUAUCGCCGGGGCUUGGAGAGACGUCAUGAGCUUCGCGAUACUGGCGGUCGUGGAGCGGACGGUGGAGAGCUGGGGGAGCACCCACGGCACCAGUCUCUCGGAGAUGUGGCACGCACUCUCGGACUGGCGGUCCCGCACUUCCAAGUACAACUUCUUGUCUCCGACUGCGUCGUCAUCGUCUCCAAUGAAUGCCGACAGCAGCGGCAGGGGCAGGAAAGGCAUCAAUGACAGGGGGAAGGGGAGCAAGGCAACGUCAUCGUCGGCCUUUUCCACCGGGUCGUCCUUGGGUUCUAAUGGUUCCGGCCGGCCCCCUGAGGCCCCCCCACCUCUAGGGCGGAGAGACUUGGACGACGGAGCUCAUCACCUUCACCACAAGAAGGGGCUGGGGAGCUUGUCGAUCAAGCGAAAAGGUAGCGGUGGUGCAUCGAACUCUUCUUUGUCCGCGGUCAACGUGCCGUCCAUGGACCUAGGCUCGGGCUUUCUGUCGGACGGGGAAGCUGACGUGCUGAGCCCCGAACACAGGAGCCCCGCAGGAGUUUCGUUCGAUGCCUCUGGUGGCGGGAGGAAGACGGGGGGGUUAAAGGGGGGCCCCAGGGAUGAUCUCGGUGACGUCGGCGCGUCGUUCGUCCAUUCCAUGGACUCUCUCCAGCUGCCGCCGGACUCCUCCUCUUCGCCGGCGUCGAGCUCCGGCGUUGCUGUCGGGGCGACGGCUAACCCCCUGCGAGGCCUCCGUGCGAUAGGGGACCACUCUCGGCGCUCCUCGGACAACAGCAGCGCCGGCUCUGCCGCGGACCAGCGACAGUGGACGUCAUCCCUUGGAAGGCGAGCCCCAGCGAGCGCUGGCGCCGGUUCCGACGGCAGCAUGUCCUCCUCCUCCAUCACGUCGGCAUCAGCGGUACCCGGCCACAGGGCCAACGGGUCAUCCCGCUCCUCCUUGAACGUCCUCCGCAAGAAGCUGACCCGGUCGGCGUCGCUGGAGAGCGAAGACAGCCGGCUUAGAGCAGGCGAGUUCGGAGCGCCGGUGGGGUACAGGGGCAGGAGUGGGGGGUCUGGGGACGGGUUGAUAAGCGGAAGCGGAAGCGGAAGCGGAAGCGGGGGAGGGGUGCGGGGAAGAGGGAGAGAUGGAACCGCGGCCCUCGGAACGGUCUACAUGAGAUCGCGGUCGGUGCUGGACGAGGCGUUGCCGACAACGGACCAACAACAGGCUGCCUUGGAAUUGAGCACCGACUUCGAUCAGCACGUGGACGUGCUCGCCGACGGCCACCCCCGCCGUAAGGGCCUAGUCUCCCGGAUGCGCCGAACGGCCUCGAACGUCAUUCGGCACCCCUUCCGAAGCAGCAGCAACAGCGGCGGCGUCUCCCGCCCGGGCGCCGCUGACCUUACCGGCAGCGGCACCCACAACGCCCCCUUCGGCAGUGGCGACGGUGGCGGUAGGCAGGGCCAGCGGGGAGGAGGGCCGAGGGGGGGAGGGGGCUCCGCGGGGGACAUGCGGGUGGUACCCGCCCUCAGCAUCAGCAGCGCGUCGCCGGGGUCUGCGUCGACGGCGGUGCCGACGCCGUCCGCGGCGACGCCUGCCAGCGAUCGAGAUCAAGGUAGCCGAGGCGACCGUGGUAUUGCCCGAACAUCGGGGGCGGCGGGGGCGGCGGCGGCAACGGCUGGAGGGAGGGGAUUCAAGGACGAUGUCGAUGUUCCGGCAGCGGGGGAGGGGGGAGGGGGGGACUCGUUUUGCUUCUCGAAUCAAGACAGGAAGAGACAGAGUGGAGAAAAGGCCCAGCAGCAGCAACAGCAGCAGCAGCAGCAGCAGCAGCAGCAGCGCAAGCAAGGGCGUGGCUCCAGUGCUGCAGCAGGACAGCAUGGGGACAGCAGUGGUUCCGGGGGGCGGGGUGGGGGUGGCAGGGGGGGGGACGGGGAGCGAGGGAGGGUGAACCCCUGGAGACAGAUGAAGCUGCACGAGCUCAUGGCCAAGCUGGAGGAUAGCACGCCCGAAGAAACGGAGGCGAGCUUCGGCAAUAUCGGCGACGCAAUCCUGUUACACCUUAGGCCCUCGGAGCCGCCGACGACGAGGGCGCUGGCCUUAGACGUGGCGCAGACCUUCGUGCAGAACGUGGUCAGCGAGCGCUCGAAGGACAAGCGAUCCUCCAAGAUUCGAAGAAAGGCUUUCAAGGAGCUGCUGGCGCGCUUGAUACCUCUGAUGCUGGACUGCCUCAAGAGCCCGGCGGGGAGCAGCAACUCGUCAUUCCCUAGAGAAGAAAACGCCUCGCUCGGGGGGGGCGGCGGACAGGAAAGAGGCGAAGGGUUUGGGGACGGCGGCGACGCGGAAGAGGGGGGACUCGCGGCUGGGAAGGGUCUCGGGGGGGAGGUGGUCGUGCUGCACUACUACCAGCAGCACCACCAGUACCUGCUGAAGGUGGCCGUCUUGGAGACGAUGAACAGGUUCUUGACGAUCCUGCGAGCGUUGUUCAAACCGCCACAGUCUACUCGUGUGCAGAAGGUGGUGGCGCCGCUCCUGGAUGCGUCGGAGGAGGUGCUGAGGGAGAAGGCGGCGGCGGUGCUGGGAAAGCUCUCUCUGUGUGGCCGGGACACCUUGACGUGGGCCAACAUCGCCAUCAAGGUUUCGCUCGAGUCGCACAACCUCCUGCAGGACGCGUGGCCGGACGAGAUAGUCGGGCAGAUACCGUCGGCCCAGGUCGAGACCAUCAUGGGAGAACACCCGCUGCUGCCCCCCAUCCAGGACACGUUCAACAAGGGCGAUGUCGAGGCGCACGUCCUGUCGAUCGGGAGGCGUUUCCCGGCACUGUGCAAGCUCCUGGCCACGCUCGUCACGGCCUCGCCGCCAAAGUCGCAGGAGCCUGAGGAAGGAGACGGUCAACAACAGCAGCAACAACAGGAGAAGGGAAAGGGAAAGGAAAUCGAUGGCAGCAGCGAUUCCGCGCCGUUCCAAACGCCGUUCCUUGUGUCCCUCUCGAUAUCGCUCGUGCAGAGGGUCCUGAGAAUGGGCGAACAGGCCUGGGCCAAGCUCGAGGAAGAGCGAGCGGGCGUCAAGCGCGACGACCCCGGCCCGACUCGCAGAAGAGCCUCUGCGAAGACCGCCCAGGAGUCAACCACCCACACCAACACCGCCGCCGGCACCCUGUCCCCCGAGCUAGCCGCGAGGGUGUCCGGCCUCCUGUUGCCCUCCGCGGUGACCCUGCUGGAGGCCCUGGUUGCCAGCUCGAGGCUGGAGAAGGCGAUGGAGGACCGGCAGGGGACGGUGUGCCAGUGCAUGGGCCAGGCGGUCGCCCAGACGCCCGUUCAAGGCGGAGUGAGGUUUGCGGCUUACCGCUCCAUGGCGGUGAUCGUUCGGUACAUCAAGCCGGAGACAGCCGCAGAGGGUCUGGGAGUACCGAUACUCCCUCUGCUGUUCAACGAGGCGCUCCUUGCUCUCGGCAACCGCGUCAAUCUCCACGCCCUCAAUACUAAGACAGUCGUCGCGCCGCGAAGCAGAAACAGCGAUAAGGGCGGUGGCUCACCGAAGACGCUCCUGUUCAACGUGCGGAACCCGCUCAACAACGGCCACGGCGCCAAGCUGCACGAGGACACGGUCUGGGCGGGGGUAGAGUGCCUCGCCACGUUCAUCUUGGACUGUGGUCUCUUCCUCCCGGCAGCCCAGGCAAUGCCGGUUGCCGAGGUGGAGAGCGUCGUGACGGAGGGGGUGGAGCUCCUUGCGCACCGGCCCCUGGAAGUGAGCCCGUUCAACGAGGACGAGCCGCAGGUGCUGAGACACGCGUCCACCAGAGAAGCGUUCGUGAGGCUCGUGCACUACUACUUGCUGCUGGCGGAGGAGAAGAAGCGCAACCCUGGGAGCAAUCUCUACACCGAGGCUAAGCUGGCCUUCCACUGCCACCUUCAGGACCCCGAUGGAGCGGUGGCGAGAGAAUGCAGGGUGGCGUUGACAGCCCUCAAGACGGAUAGAGUGGACCACAGGACCAAGGAGAACGAAAAGGCGCUCGAGGACAUGGAAGCCGAGGCAGACCAGAACAUGCACAACUCAGGAACCGGAGAGGUCGGUUACACCUUGGAAGAGCUCGAGAACGGCGAGUAUCACGUCGUGCGGAGGGUUUCAAAGUCUCCCCGCAAGAAGGUCGGCUGGCUUCCUUCCCCUCUCUAAAGAGCUUGCUUCUUGCUAUUUUAGUUAUCCUUCCCUGCCGUUGGUUCGAACGGGAACGUAUUGCGGCGCAAUACACGCCUGUUCGCACAUGGUACGGUUCAUACUGUUUUUUCUGUAAUUCAAGCGUGUGGUGUGUUUGUUGGUGCGGGCUCCCUUUUAGCAGGCGGGAGGCGGGGCGCGGAGGUCGCAUGUUGCUUGUUGGGUGUGCCCGUCUUGUGCUUUACCGUGUGUACAAUACUUACGGUACUGUCUUUGUGAAUUUCGUAUGUUAUCAGUCAAGUCGUGGAGGAGCAUCGGUUUAUGUCGCGGAGACGCGUAUGCUCGCUCGUAUUCCUUGGGUGAUGGUGCGGCAAAAAAUGUAAUGUUUUUUUCGGUUGCUGUGGGAAUACGUACUAUGUACUAUGGAGGGAUAGGCAGGUUGAGGGGGGUCAUAUCAAUGGUGAACGCCCCGAGUCAGGGAAAGUUUUAAAGUCCAUAUCUCGUUCANGGGGGGGGGGGGGGGGGGGGGGGGGGGGGGGGGCAUCACCAACAACUACAACAAACAGCAGCGGUGUCACCAGCUACGCCUGGGGCACUCCUUGGGUGCAAGCUGCGCAUAAUUCAUGAUUGUGUGGUUGUAGGUAUCAUUUUUUACGUAUCAAGACGCGAUCAUUUUCCACCACCGUAAGCGCAUACCGACAGCAGUCAUGCGCGGAGGUUGUGUACUCUCGUGCAAUCCGAAAGUUUUUUUGAUGUUUUGUGAGCGUGUGCAUGCGGCAUGAAACGCCGCGUUUGUAUUGAUGUCUCACGUGCGCUGAUUGGGAGACACACCGAGAGGGGUGCGUACCGCAGUACGAGGCGCUGUUGUGAGAUGGAUGUUAUCAGGGGGAGAGCUUUCUAAUGCUGCUUUGUUUUGUCCUUGCAAUGAUGUCAAGAAUUUACUUCAUCCCAUGGCGGAGCUAGUCGGGGGCAGAGAUAGAGAGCCUCUUUGAUUUUUGGCUGACCUUUGUGUCUUUUCAGCCCUUGUGCGCUGAACAUGUAUUGUGGCUCCGUCGCAAACGUAUUCCUAGUCGGUCCCCCCCCCCCUUUUUUUUUCUUUUCUCACGUCCGUUCUUGAUUCCACCACUUUAUUGGUCUCGUGGCUUCUUUUUCUCGUUCCCCCGAGGCGUGCUUCGGCGCCCUCUCUUUCUCUCAAUUAAUAAUUGUAGUGUUUGUUGCACGUUUGACAAUGACGUCGUUCGAUUUGCCGCGGGGUGUGGGCUUAUUUAGCCGCGUGGGGUUGAAGCUGGGCAGCGAUGGUUGGCUGCCCUUGCUUUUCUUCUAUUUUUUUUUUAUAAGUGCGGGUAGUGAGGAGGUACGGCGUGCGUACGCGAGUAUGGAAGAGAGCGAGCGAGAGAGAGAGCAUGUCACAGAGCUAGAUAGAGAAGACUGUGUGCUGACUCUCCUCUCCCUUUCUUGCAUGUUUCGUUUCGCAACGUCCGUUUGAGUGUUAGUUCAUCAUCAUCGUCAGCGGGAAGCAGUGCUGCACACACUUGUGUCGAUUGUUCUCGGUAUUCGUUGUAGCCCCAGCCUCCACAACGUGCGUUCCAGACACAACUGAACUGCCGUUGUUUUGAUAUCGACGCUGUAAACCCUGGCCUUGUUGUAGCGACGACGUCUUUUGCUUUCCAUAUGUAGCCGACCCGUGGCGUUUUUUUUUUCUGUUGUGUGUAAAUUUACUUGUUAGGACCCCCUACGGCGGGUUUACGCGCCGAUCCGGAGAGUGAGCGGGUGGGCGUGCUGGUAUCGUGAGUUUUGCCAUGUUGGCCGCAGGUUGGAGGUUCUCUCGUAGGCAGAACUCGUGUGGCAGUUUUUUUUUUUUUUCUGUUCGAGGUGGUUUUUGUCCUAUCAAUACAAGUAGUAUCAUAGCAAGAGUCAACAAACGAAACAUUGCGACUACCAUUCUAACAUGUUGUCGGUUCAAUUUUGGCCUCUGAAUUGUGGAGGAAAAAAUUGAGCCUAGAAUAUCGAGUCGUUCCUACCUGUAUUUGACCACGGAAGGCGGUCCUCGUCAGUUGGGCCGUAACGGAUGUUGCUGGAAGGUAACGCAAUUUGCUGAGCAGGUGUCUGUUUUUGAGGGGGGUGUGAGACGACCGCACGACACGAUCCCGAAGGAAAGAAGGCAGCCUCGCAUGAACGAUGAAAAGAAAAACCUGGCCAAGGCCAGUAGAACGGAU